UCAAGUCAAUAAUCUUAAGAUGCUGUCUACAUGGUCUGAUGUUCACUUGGUCAAACAAGAGGAGAAAAUGUGGAUCGUGCUUCAUCUGCUGCUCCUGCUCCAAAGUGGAGCAUGUACAAGUGCCUACAACUUCUCCUCUCAAACUGUUGAACCUGGACUAAACGUCUCUCUGAAAUGUCUCCACAGCAAAGUUGGAACUUGGAACUACAUAUUUUGGUUCCGACUCGUCGCAGGCAACUCACCUGAAUUUUUGUGUUCGAUAACAUUUGACAAGUCAGGGUCUGUUCUUCAUGGAUCAUCAAAUACUGGACAUCGCAUCACAGCCACAAAGGAACAAGGAACAGUUGUCCUGCAGAUUAGACAAGUAGAGAAAAGUGAUACGGCGAUCUACCACUGUCUUGAAGUAAAUUCAUAUUUGGACUACAUGACAUUUUUGAAUGGGAUAUUUCUCCAGGUCACAGAACCAGAACCCUCCGUGUCUGUUGUCUCUGAAGUCCAACCAGGACCGCCUGUGAAGUUGCAGUGCUCAAUCCUCUCCCACUCUGGGAAUGACAUCUGUCAGGAUGGACACAAAGUGUCCUGGUUCAGAACUGGACAAGAAAGUGUCCAUCCCAGCUUUGUUUAUGGCGAAUGCAAGAUCAAAGAUAAGUCCACACAGAAAUGUGUCCACACUUUCUCAAAGAACAUCAACUCCUCUGAUGCUGGAACUUACUUUUGUGCUGUGGUCACAUGUGGGAGGAUGUUCAUGGGAAAUCCAAUACAAGUCAACACUAAAGAUGUUUGCAGCUCUGAUUUAAACAAGUAUGUUAUAAUCGUCUUGAGUGCUGCUUUGGCCUUAAGUUUCAUCAUGUCAGCCUUCCUCGUCAACAAGAUCAGGACAAAAAACAGUAUUUCCUGCCAAACUGGUUCACAAACACUCGAUGAAACAUUCAGUCGCGUCCAGCAGAGGGACGAGGACUCUUUGGUUUAUUCCAUGCCGACCAUUGUUACCAAGAAAACUGGAAGAGCGAGGCAGACAAAUACGAGGGCAGCAGAGGGGUUCAGCACGUACGCUGACGUGCGUCUUCAAAACUUUGAAAAAAAAAAAAAAAAAUGCAGCGGAAAUGAAUUUUUCGCAUUUCAGCCUAACACCAUUUUUUCCGUCUUGCAAACCUCCUGGAGACUUAGUAGAAAGACGAUCACGACGAUGGCGAAGCUGGCUGCGCUUGUGCUUCUCAGCGCAUUGGUUCUGAGUCAAUCCUACGUCCCGAUAAGACUGAGCCUGGUGGAAGUCGGCGUUAACGUCACUUUGGCAUGCCCGCGCUACGACGAUAGAGGUGACAUAUUUUACUGGUACAAGAUGAAAUUCGGCUCAAUGGUCGAAACCAUUGCGGAGGGGUAUUUCGGGGAAAUGUCCCUUCGAGGACCGUUCAAGGACGGAAGAUUUGUGAGCGCGCGUACGGGUGACAUGUACGUUUUAAACAUCACAAACGUACGCAAAGACGAUGAAGCCAUGUACACCUGCCAAGCUGGGACCUCAUACAACAUGGUGUUCACCGGUGGCACACAUCUGCUGGUGAAGGAUCCCAGACGCAAGUCCUUCCAGGUGAGACAAAUCCCGCAAAGCAAGUCGGUCAAAGGGGGCGAGUCUGUGACCAUCCAGUGUUCCGUCCUCGCCGAGAGCAAAGAAUAUUUCCGCCAAUGUCCGAACCAAAGCAGCGUCUACUGGUUGAAGUCCGGAUCGGGAGAGUCUGAUCCACACAUCAUUUACUCCGACAGUGACGAUGAACAAGACCCAAGAAGCUGUGUCCACCAUCUCUCUCUGACCGUACUCAACUCCUCCGACACCGGAACAUACUACUGCGCCGUAGCCACGUGUGGACAGAUCCUGUUCGGACAAGGAACUCAUGUGGACACACAACAAGACCUGCAAUCAGCUGCCGUUUUGCUGGCUGCUCUGCUGGCCUCCUUCGCUGUUGUGGUCACUAUUGUAGUUGCUUAACUUGUAUUUUAUUUUUACUAACAGUAAUAUUUUUUUAAUAUCAUUUCAUACACAUCAUUUUGUUUGGUUUUGCCCCAAGAUGGCGCUUCUGUAGUGGCUGCUGGUGGCAGGAGCUCAUCCUUUUGUGUUCCUGAUGUUUCCCUCUUGUUUUUCAUGGGUUUGGUUUUUGCCUUUUUGGUACGGGACCCUUUGGGACUUUCGUGACUUCUGCGGUGCUUUUUUGGGAACUACUGGAUCCGCCUCCCGAGGAGCCUUUUGGCCAUGGAGACCAGCUGCUGGGUCUCUGCCACACCAUAGUCCGUUUGGAGAGACUGGAGGAGAUGCGGAUGAAGAGUCAGGGCUACGGAGCUGGCGCUAAACGCCGGGCUGAAUGAACAGGUAUCGGACACAUUGGGACUGUGUGACAAGGGGUGGCACUUUCGUGACCUCUGCGGUGCUUUUUCUGUGGACUUCUGGAUCUGCCUCCUGGGAGCCUUUUUGGCCAAGGAGACCAGCUGCUGGGUCUCUGCCACACCGGAGUCGGUUUGGAGGGACUUGAGGAGAUGCGGAUGAGGGGACAGGGCUGCGGAACUAGCACUGAGCGCCGGGACGGAGAGGCUUCACAGUGUCUUGGCUGGGUGAGCAGGUGUCAGACACCGCAGUCUCAUUGGACGUAUCCUCGCUCAUCCAUGCGGACUGGACACUGGCCGAGAGUGGGUUGGCGGCCGAGAGUGGAGUCGGCUCUCUUGGUUGCUUUGUUGGGUCUGCUCCUGUCUCUGGCCAUGCUCCCUCCUCCCCAGCGGACAAUGGCGUGGAACACCGCAGACGCCACCACAGUGUAUAUGUUUCUUUUACUUUUUAUUCAUAGCUGUAUGUAGAAGUGUCUGGUUGUAUCCGCUGCUUUAAUGUCUUUCAUGUCCUUUGUGUUCUUUGAUGUUUGAUGUUUCCCUCUUACACACAUGUGAGAGGGAUGUGUACUAUGGCUAUGAUUUUUAAAAAUGUUUUCCCUUGCCCUCAGUCUGGACCCCCUCUCCAGGGGCCCAGGCUUAGACCGAUUUUUUUAUUUUAUUUUAAUCUUUUAUUUUUACUCCCAUCCCCCCCACUUGUUUACCUGUAUCUCAUCUUUUUUGUAAGGGGCGCUGGAAGCCGGCAGACCCGUCAGCGAUCCUGUUCUGUCUCCCUGUAAUGUUUGUCUAAACUUGAAUGGGAAUGUGCUAAAAAAUUUAAUUUUCCUGAAGGAACUCUCCUGAAGGAAUACAUUAAGUACCAUCUAAUCUAAACUAAUCUAAUCUAAUCUAAUCAAAUCAUUGGUCUCCUUGGACAUAUCUUCGCUCUUCAAUGCGGACUGGACACUGCUCAAGAGUUGGUAGGCGGCCGAAGGUGGAGUCUGCUCUCUUGGUUGCUUUGUUGGGUCUGCUCCUGUCUUUGGCCAUGCUCCCUUCACCCCAGCAGACAAUGGCGUGGACCAUCGCGGUGGCCACCACGGUGUAUAUGUUUUUUUGUUGUUGUUUUUCUUUUGUGGCUGCAUGUAGAAGUGGCUGGUUGCAUCAGCUCUGCUCUUUUAAUGUCAUUUGUGUUCAUUCCCUCUUACACACAUGUUCAUGUGUGCUAAGGCUAUGAGUUAUUUUCUUCUUCCUUAGCCUCAGUCUGGACCCCCUCUCCAAAGGCCCAGGCUUAGACUGAAUAUUUUCUUUUCUCACCGGACCAAGUCACCAAUCCUGUUCUGUCUCCCUGUAAUGUUUGUCUGCUCUUGAAUGGGAUGAAUCUGAAAAUCUUCAUUCCCCCUCGGGGAUUAUUAAAGUAUUUCGGAUUCUGA